AUGAAAACAAUGAAAACAAUGAAACAUGAAGUAGAGUGUGCUUGGAGAAAGAGAGACGAUAACAAUACAGGACUGAUAUAUGUAAGUGAACAAGUCACUUAAUUGUUACCAGAUAACCAGAGUCAAAAAGUACUUUAUUAGUUCAAACCAAAUAAUUAUCAUACUGUGAAAAUAACGAAACAAAUAAUUGUCAUACUGCACAGAAGCUAUUUUGAUUCUUUAUAUCUCGUUUAGAACUGUGACUUUGUGAAGAAAUACCCAGACACUUCCCUACAUGUCUACUUUGCCGGUGAUCUCAGGAUUGCCUCAUGUGACAACUGCUGCAGUCGCUGGUAUUUCACCUUUAAUGGAACGGAGUGCAGCUCUCCUGGAACUAUUGACGGUGCAUUCUACAUGGGAAGAGGAAAAAACCACAAUCUUCACCGUCACCGCCCCAUUGAGGGUCACUGCAACAACAUUCAGAAAGGAAAGGUGCAAGUGGGAUUUUGGGUUGGAAAGUGCGUCACAGGCCAUAAGCUUACUGAGUAA